ACCAAACACACUCCAUGCCCAUGUGAUGCGUGUCUGGAGUGGAGCACAGUCUAUCUGGAUCGGGUCUGUUGUUGCUACAGUAAAGCCAGUCUCCAGGCGGAGUGUGUGACACAGUUUACUGCGAAAUUUGUUUUCCUUUCUACUAACAAAACGGGAUUUCAAACGUUUGUACUGAUGUAGCGUUAGCAGCUUACGUUGAUUUACUGAACUCAUCCGGAUCAGUCAGUAAUCCCAUAAAUUCAACUGGAUGCUGACAGACUCUUGGGUGGGGCUAACGCGGAUGACAGUACACUGGAGCUCAGCCCAGGGAUAAAUAAAACCGCACAGGCUCAGUUUAAAGCACCGAGGGCCAGCCUAAGCCAUGACCAAGCCCGAGUCGAGGAAAAGCGGCGUGGCUGCCAUGAGCUCCACCGGCAAGUGCGCCACAUCCGCCCCCGCCAACGCGCAGGUCAACAACGGUGCGUUGGAGCCGGGCUGUCCGGAUCAGAGCACAUAUAUCAAAGCUAAUGUGAUGAAGCAGACUUCCAGGGAGAGCAUGAAUUGGAGGAACUCUGGAGAGGAUUGUGAAGUCUACGACGACGGGACCAACACCUUUUUCUGGCGAGCCCAUACUGUGACGGUGCUGUUCAUUCUGACCUGCGCUCUGGUCUACGUCACGCUGUUGGAGGAGACCCCCCAGGACACGGCCUACAACACUAAGAGGGGAAUUGUGGCAAGCAUCCUGGUGUUUCUCUGUUUUGGAGUGACGCAAGCUAAAGAUGGGCCCUUUACCCGACCACAUCCAGCUUACUGGAGGUUCUGGUUGUGUGUCACUGUCGUCUACGAGCUGUUCCUCAUCUUCAUCCUGUUCCAGACAGUGCAUGAUGGACGACAGUUCAUGAAGUACAUCGACCCCAAGCUCGGGGUCCCCCUGCCUGAGCGCGACUAUGGAGGAAACUGCCUCAUGUACGACCCGGGCAACACCACGGACCCCUUCCACAACAUCUGGGACAAGAUUGACGGCUUUGUUCCAGCUCACUUCCUGGGAUGGUACAUCAAGACUCUGGUGAUCCGGGACUGGUGGAUGUGUAUGAUAAUCAGUGUCAUGUUUGAGUUCCUGGAAUACAGCCUGGAGCACCAGUUGCCGAACUUCUCAGAGUGCUGGUGGGAUCAUUGGAUCAUGGAUGUGUUGGUGUGCAACGGCCUGGGGAUCUACUGUGGCAUGAAGACCCUCGGCUGGCUGUCCAUGAAGCCGUACCAGUGGCAGGGCCUGUGGAAUAUCCCCACAUACAAGGGAAAGAUAAAGCGCAUAGCUUUCCAGUUCACUCCGUACAGCUGGGUGAAGUUUGAGUGGAAGCCUGCUUCAAACCUUCGCCGCUGGCUCGCCGUGUUAGGGAUUAUCUUUAUGUUCCUCCUGGCGGAGCUGAACACCUUCUACCUGAAGUUCGUGCUGUGGAUGCCUCCUGAGCACUACCUGGUGCUGCUUCGUCUCGUCUUUUUCGUCAACGUAGGAGGAGUAGCCAUGAGGGAGAUCUACGACUUCAUGGAUGACCCGAAGUUCCAUAAGAAGCUGGGUCAGCAGGCGUGGCUGGUGGCGGCGAUCACAGUGACGGAGUUCCUCAUAGUGGUUAAAUACGACCCCAACACCAUCAUGCUGCCCAUCCCCUUCUUCAUCACGCAGUGCUGGUUCCUGGGCAUCCUCCUCAUCUUCACCUGGACCCUGUGGAGGUUUUUCAUCCGCGACAUCACACUCCGCUACAAAGAGACCCGCCGACGCAAACAGGAAGUCCCCUCGGACCGAGACCGCUCCCUCGGCAACGGCAACCCCUCCACCCCGUCCGGACGCAGCAAACUGAACGGCAGCUCGGAGACGGUGCGGCAGAGAAAGUCCUGAAGGUGCGGAUGGGGUAGGGGGGCGAGCCCUGAGCCGUCGGUCAGCAGCAACUGAAGGAAGAGGUCUGGUGGGCGAAACGAGACAAACUGAAGGAGACGCAGAAGAAACAUGUAGAGGCAAACUGAUGGACACGUGCUGUGUAGACUUUAUUUGUGCCUACAUGAACCAAGCAGUCAUUCAACAGAGGCAGGGGUGGGGGGCUUUGAUUUCGGUGCAUCGUCUAGUAAUUGUCUUACUACAGGGAUUUACCUCAUUCUAUUUUUUUAACCACACUUGGGGGAAUUAUACACAAGUUAAUGUUUUAUUUAUACGCUUAGCAAAAUGCUGAAUCAAAGAGAGGUGGAGCUGUGGAAGGAGGUGACCAUGGGGAAGAAUGUAAUGUAGAUUUGUGACCAAUAAUAAUCCAUUUUCUCAGCUGCACACUUUUAGAAUACCACAGGUGAGCAUCAGAAAAAAUGUCCGCCACUGUAAAUGCGCUUUGUUCCGUGUCUCGUGUGCACUAGCAUCGGUUGCAGGUGAGAAAAAGGAGAGUUUUCUGUACGUGAAGGUUACUGAUGUUCAGUACCAACCGGGAACUUUGGCCACUACAUUGCCAAGCAGCAGUUACAAUCGAGCUCGGUCAAGACUGAAAAAACUUUCUUUUGGUUUAGAGUUUCUUUCUGAAAGUGUUGGUCUCCUGAUGUAUUGUUUACAUGAGGGAGACGUUGUCAUCUUUUCAUUUUUAGUCGUUCCUGGAGACAAAAGCCUCGAGGUGCUUGUGAAUGCUGGGUGAUCCUCACUCAGUCUGAGCGAGAGAGGAGGACGAACUGGCCGAAACCUUUCUCUCCUCAGUCUUUGUUCUUAAAUAGAAUAUACAAAUAAAAGCAAGAUGUACCAUAUUCUAGUUAUUUAACUGCUGAUUACACAUGCUUCGUGGGGUAUAGUUUGAGUAUUUUUGUAGAUAUUCUGUUAUCACUACUGUUGUCACACUACCCAUGCAGCACUCUAAUAAACACAUCCAUGACAAUCACACAGAGACAGCCGUAACCCUGUCUGACGGACACAUGUCGGCUCAGCACACAUGGCAGAGAUCUCUCCACUGUAACAAGACUGCAACGCUCGUUCAGGCACAUCAGAACGUUACAUAUCUGCUUAAGUUAAUGCCAAAUGGUUUUAUUUUAUAAAGCCUUCAUGUUGAGCAUGUUCUGUUGUGGCCGAAACUAAAUGAAAGCGGUUAAGCUGUGUUUCGGUUUGGGAAGAGAACCAUCCCGUAGUGCACACGCAACAAGCCAAAGCUUGGAUCCUGUUCUUGCUAAAGCCAUAAAUGCCACUCAGAUCCACCCGAGCCUCUUAAACAGCAGAUAAACCUCAUUCAGAUUCCUCUUCAUUUCAAUUAAAGCAGAGUCCCAAAGCCACCGGGAUGGUGUCAGACAUCUUUAAGUUAAAAAACAAACAUCUAAAGGUCAGACCAUUAAAAACACAUUUUCAAUUUUGUCAAAAGUGGAACUUAAACUGUCUGAAAAUGUGUUAUUGUCUCAGUAUUCGUUGAUUUUCUUGUCAGUUACAUAGAACAUAAGGAGGUAUUAGUCGACUAACUGAAUCUCUAUUUUGACAAAUUAAUUGUUUCUGUGGUUUAAUUUCAAGCAUUCUCCUGUAGCAGCAUCUCCAGUGUUGCUGCUUUCCUUCCUCUGAACUGAAUAUCUUUGUGUAUUUGUAAUUGGUCGAACAAAACCAUGAUUUAGAAAUAGAAAAUACUAAUAUAAUGAUGUUCUUUUUGUCUGACCAUCUAUAGGAAGAAAAAAAGAUCUCUUAGUGCUGAAUAAAACCAAAUGAUUAAUCAAAAUAAUAGUUAGUUGCAGCCUUAGUCAGAUGAUCUGAGCUUUUUGUAAUGCUAUAAAAAAAUACAAUGUAGUCAGACAUUGAAUAUUGUUCCCAAAAUGUCACUCCCAAAGCUUUAGUCUUUGCCAGGCUCAGAGAAUCAGCUUUAAAUGUCAAAGUGUGUCACUCAUCGUGUCCAAGUGGCUACAUAGCUCAAGACAAAGCAUUGACUAUAGCCCCAAACGGUCCUCCUGUAAACUGGAAUGAUGUUUAAUGACACUGAAGUCAUUUUCUUUUGAAUGUAAUCCAGCUGAAUCUGCUUUGAGUGAGAGUUUUAUCUUUUUUCUGAUUUUUUCACCAUGAACACUAAACUGAAGGUUCUUCAUUCUCAUCCAGACUGUAAAUGUUUCCCCUCUUUUUUUUGAAUACAGAGGACGCGGUGCAGAUUUAAAACCCGAGAAAAACCAUGUUUAGCUGAUAUGUCAAACUUUGUCCUCCAGUGCUGUGCUGAUUUAGUUGCUUGUGAACUUAGUAGGAGUUUAGGAAGUUUACUUUAUUCCCCUUUCUUUCUUUGAAUUAAAGCUUUUUAGACAUGGCUAGGGGGUUCAAUGUCAGUGUCCAUGCCUUGGAUUGGUAGAUGUUUUUAAUUGAAAUCUCUAAAGACUUUAAAAAAAACAUGACCCUAUUCCUUAAACGUGUCCUACGGUUUGGUGUAGUUCCACCUGCAGCCACACGGGGGCGGUGUGUUAUUUGUUACUGCUCUUGACUUCACUGUGUUCUUGUCUCCAUGGUAACUAUCAUUCGCAACUUGCUGCAAAAGCCAUUUUCAACUUGGUUUGUGUAAAUGUGAACAUGUUAAACAUCAUAACUGAAAUAUGCUGCUGCACCACAUACUUUUAUAAUGUUUUCAAUAAAAUCCACUGAAAACUUGAA